AUGACCUCACGCAGUCACGUCGCCGAGAGAGGCGGCGGGGCCGGGGAUUGGCUGGCGGCGGCUCAGCGGCACUUCAAAGCCUGCGAGGGAGCUACAAUUGUGGUGGAAUGGGCGGAACUGAUCAUUGUAUUGCACACCUCUAAAAAAAACACUGCCUCUGAUUUAUCAAUAUAAAAAAGAUCCUCUGAGAGGAGGGCACUUUUGUGUGAUGGCAACUUCACUUCUAGGGGAGGAACCGCGGGUAGGCUCCACGCCGCUGGCUAUGCUCGCCGCCACCUGCAACAAGAUCGGCAGCCCCAGCCCCUCGCCGUCCGCCCUCUCGGACAGCGCGUCCUCCUUCGGCAAAGGCUUCCACCCCUGGAAACGCUCCUCCUCCUCCUCCUCAUCCUCGGCGGGCAGCUGCGGCGCCGUGGGCUCCGGCCUCCCGGGCUUCGGCGUGGCGGGAGCGGCGCGCAACGGCUCCUCGGCGGCGGCGGCAGCGGCGGCCGCUGCGGCGGCGGCGGCCGCGCUCGUGACGGACUCGUUCAGCUGCGGCGGUUCGCCGGGCUCCAGCGCCUUCUCGCUCACCUCCAGCAGCGCGGCGGCGGCCAGCUCGCCCUUCGCCAACGACUAUUCCGUCUUCCAGGCUCCGGGCAGCGCCGGAGGCGGCGGCGGGACAGGAGGCGGCGGCGGGGCGGCGGGACAGGAGGCGGCGGCGCACCAGCCCGUCUUCAUCUCCAAGGUGCACACGUCGGUGGAGGGGCUGCAGGGCAUCUACCCGCGGGUGGGCAUGGCGCACCCCUACGAGUCCUGGUUCAAGCCCUCGCACCCGGGGCUGGGCGCCGGCGAGGUGGGCUCGGCGGGCGCCUCCAGCUGGUGGGACGUGGGCGCCGGCUGGAUCGACGUGCAGAGCCCCAACGGGGCGGCCGGGCUGCCCGGCUCGCUGCACCCGGCGGCCGGCGGGCUCCAGACCUCGCUGCACUCGCCGCUGGGCGGCUACAACUCGGAUUACUCUGCCCUGGGCCACUCGGCCUUCAGCAGCGGCGCCUCCUCGCACCUCCUCAGCCCCGCCGGGCAGCACCUCAUGGACGGAUUUAAGCCGGUGCUGCCCGGCUCCUACCCGGACUCGGCCCCCUCGCCGCUGGCCGGCGCCGGGGGCUCCAUGCUGGGCGGUGGCCCCGCCGCUCCUCUGGCCGCCUCCCCGCGCUCCUCCGCCCGCCGCUACUCGGGCCGCGCCACCUGCGACUGCCCCAACUGCCAGGAGGCCGAGCGGCUGGGGCCGGCGGGGGCCAGCCUGCGGCGCAAGGGGCUGCACAGCUGCCACAUCCCCGGCUGCGGCAAGGUCUACGGCAAGACUUCGCACCUGAAGGCGCACCUGCGCUGGCACACGGGCGAGCGGCCCUUCGUCUGCAACUGGCUCUUCUGCGGCAAGCGCUUCACCCGCUCCGACGAGCUGCAGCGGCACCUGCGGACCCACACGGGCGAGAAGCGCUUCGCCUGCCCCGUCUGCAACAAGCGCUUCAUGCGCAGCGACCACCUCAGCAAGCACGUCAAGACCCACAGCGGCCCCGGGGGAGCCGGAGGCCCCGGCGGCGGCGGUCCCGGCCCCGGCGGCAAGAAGGGCAGCGACACCGACAGCGAGCACAGCGCGCCCGGCAGCCCUCCCUGUCACUCUCCGGAGCUGCUGCCGCCCCCCGAGCCCGGCCACCGCAACGGGCUGGAGUGA